AUGGCAAAGUUGAUAGCAAUUGCGACCAUCCUUUCGGUGGCUCCGUUGCUGCUGGCCAGGCGCAUCCAGGUCGUCAACAUCAGCCCCGAGGAGGCCCAGCAGUACAUCACCCAGCAGAGUCUGGACCUUCGGUACGCACCGAAGCUCGGAGAGCAUCCGCUGGGCUACACGCGCAACGUUCAGGACCCGUCGGAGGCGCGCUUUUACUACAACGGACGGGUGAUUGAGCACCCGGAAGACUUUGUGGAGGAGGAGUACGAAGCGAAGCAGUUCCACGGGCAGGAUGGCCUCGGCCGGGCAAUGUUCGGCUACAGUGACCACAACCAGGCUCGACUGGAAGCUCGUAACGCGAACGGUGAGGUGCGUGGCUCAUACCAGUACGUGAACCCCUUCGGCGAGGACGUGAUCGUGCAGUACUGGUCCGACGGACUCGGGUUCCACCAGAUCGACAACCAACCCGAGGUGCGCCUGCAACCCGUCACCGACACGCCCGAGGUCCGCGAGGCUCGUCUGGCUCACCUGAAGGCCUGGGAGGAGGCGGCCAGUCUGACCCGGGCCAAUCCGGACGUGACGUCCUCAGACGGUGCCAGUGACCCGGCUCGCUACCCGGCCGUCCAGAGCAACGCCGUCGAGCAGGAACCGGAGCAGGAGGACGAGAUCCUGGCGGCCGUCUCGAACCAACACCAGAGCCUCAUCCGCUAUCCGAGCCUUCCCUACACGGACCACAUUUCGCCCGACGGUUCGGCCAAGGGGGUGCUGGCGGACGACGGGGUCGUGGUGGAGGCAGAGGCACGCAGUGUGAAGAAGCGCCAGAACGACGAAGACAGCACCGACACGGUUCCGGCCGACCCGAAGGGUUUCUUCUACAGCUUCGACUACCCGGUGCACUUGGUGGCGGAGAGCGCGGCAAAGAAGGCGGCCCGUGGAGGAACCAGCGAGCGGUUCGGCGACAUCCCGCAGGAGUCGUCGGUGGUGGAAACGAAGGCAUCCGCUCCGACGGACGAUCGCGUCUCGCUAAAGGCGGUCCUGAGUGGCGAAACGCUCGUCGAUGCCGUCCAUGACGCGCAGGUUUCUCCAAAGCAGAAGCUGGCGGCUGCGGCGGCGGUGGCGGCGGCAAAGCAGGCCUAA